AUGAUUGAUGCUGCCCAAUCAUUAACGAAUGACUUAACCACUCAUACUACAAAGAAGAAAAGAAACAGAAGAAAGAAGAAGAAGAAAAAUGCCAAAAGGAAUGCUGCAAUAACUGAAACCACUGAGAAUUCUUCCGAGACUGCUCUUCCUCAGAAGGACAACUUAGAUUCAAUUUUAGUUGGCAUAGAAGAAUACCUCCAAACCAAUAGUGACGAAAAUGAAGAUGUUCCUGUAAAUAUUGUUUCAAUCCAAGGACUUAAUGAAAAAUCUAAGAAAAUUGUAAUAACAGAAGAAGACAAUGUUCCAAAUGAUAUAUCUCCAAUCGGUGAAUCUGAAGAUGAUGUUUUAGUAAAACGCACUUUUGAAGACAAUUUUACUAAGUCACAAAGCUCCGAUAACCUAAUAGAAGAAAAUAAAAUUGAGGAGAAUAAAGAAAACCACAUUUCAAACAAUAAUAAAAUUAUAAAACAGUCUAUAAUAAAAAUAUUAGAUGACGAUAAAUCAAUCAAGAAACCUAUAUUAGGAAGCGACUUAUCUACAAAUAACGAAACCAACCAUGAAAGUAAUGAUAAUAUCUUCGAAAAGGGUGAAGAACAAGAUAAUAAAGGUGAUAACGAUGAAAUCCUACAUAUUGCCGUCGAAGAAGCAGAUAAUACAGAUAACGGUGAAUCUGAUAAAACAGAAAAUAAGGUGGACACAGUUAGCGAUAAAGUUAAAGAGAAGGAAGAAGUUAAUGAUAAAGAUACAAUUGAUUUACUCUGUACGAUCUCAAAUGAUGAGGUUGGAAAAGUGACAUCUGAUAACUCUGAAGACAACCAAGCUAACAUUGAAAUAUCUGCAAAAUCCUCUGACUCAGAAUCUGAAUCACACCAUAGAGAGGAGACUAAUGACGAAUCGGAAAAUGUAGUAGAGAAAGUAAUCGAAGAAGAAAAGUUACCUGUCGUCUCUAAUGAGACAAAUGACAACAAUGAUGAUGACAACAUGCACGAAGACAUACCAAAUGUUGUAACUUCACUAGAUGAUACCAACGAAAUCCAAGAGGACAAUAUAAAUUCUCUUACAAAAAAGGAAAAUGAUUUGGCAGCUGAUCCUAAUAUAAAUUCUGAGAAAUCCGACUCUAUAAAAGUUGGUGUGACUGAGGAUGAACCGGAAAAGACUAACAUAUAUUCUACCGUUGAUUCACUAGGUGAUGACAUUAUUGUCAAUGUAAGACAUAACAUCGAAAUCCAGAAUCCGAACAACUCUAACGAAGUUAAUACUACCGAUGUACAAAGUUUGAGAGCGUCAAUUUUGGAUGAUGAUUCUAAAGAUGCAAAAUUGGAGACUGAUAAACAGAUUAUAAAUAUAGCAGGAAUUGAUAUUGAUAAAGAUGUAGAAGUCAAGAAGCAACCUACUUUAGAUGAAGAUGAAACAAACUGCCCAAAAGAUGAUAUUGUUUUAAUUCGCGAAUCUGUUAAAGAAUCAUUUCCAGAAACAGAUUUUGAGAACUCGAUAAAAGAGAAGACACCAGCUUUAGAUUAUUUGGACGAGAAAGACAAAACUGAAAUUGUUCCAGAAGUACAAAAUGACAAACUAAAUAUUAAUAGAUUGACUGAUAUCGAUGUGCAAGAAAAGACAGAAGUUCAAGACAAUGAUAUCGAUGACGUUAUCAAAACUGAUACUUUCCACAAAAAUAGUGACCUUAAUACAAUCGUGAAGGAUGAUACUAAAGAUGUAGAAAAGGAAAAAGGAGAAACAGACGAGGUUAAGACCGAAAAUGAUAUUAAACAAACUACUGAGAAUGACAUGAUGAAUACUACCUCAGAAUCUACCAAUAUAGUUACAUCAGGCGACGAUAAAAAAGAAGUCGAUGACACUACUUCUGAAAAACAUGUUGAUAAUCCAAUUACUAUAGAUAACACUAAGACCGAAGAUGAUGACAAGAAAAUAAGAACAACAAUUACCGAGGAAGAAACUAAUAAUGAUGUAGAUACAACAACUGGUGUUAUAGAAAAGAGCGCCACUAAAAACGAUAAAAUGUUUUCUGAAAUCAGUACCGCAGAUAUUGUGACUACUGAGAAUAUUGAAGAUACUCAAAUUAUGGAAAAUGAGUCCCAGCCUUCUACCAAUACCAUUGGGUCUGAAGAAGAGGAAGUCAUUGACGAGGAAGAAAUUGAUGAGGGAACAAUUGAUGAGGACUCUAAACCAUUAAAAACUUAUAAUGAAAAUUGUGAGACAGAAAACAUCGAGGCGGCACCAAAAGAAGAAGCGGACGUGACUAAAGAAGAAAAGGAAGUGAAAGAAGUUGAAACCAUUGAUAAAGGAACAGUUCUCUCUGAAGACUUACAAGAAGAAAUUGUGGAAACCGAAGAGACAUAUGGUAAUACAGAAACAACUGGACGAGAUACUGUUGAAGGACUUGACCUAGGUCCUGGUGAAGCAACUACAGGUUUAGAUCUCGGUACAAGCGACGCAGCAAUUGAAGAAGAGAACACUAACAUUGAUGUAGCUGCUCCAGGUGGUAAGAACAGCCUGGAUGAUAUCCUUGCAGAGACUGAUGCAUUCUUAAAGGAACUAGACUUCGUAGAUGAUUCUGAACUUAAUAACUUAUUAGAAUCCAUGGAACCUAAUAAAAGCAAAACCAAUGUAUCUACCAAUGAUGUGGCUAAUACUAUUAAGAAAAGUGAUAUACGCAAAUUAUAUGAAAACGAACCUGUUUACAUAUAUACUUCUCUAGCAGGGGGUGGAUUCCAUAUGAUUCCACGUACAAAUCGUCUAGCGACAAUAUUACAAGCCAAUCAAAUUAAAUUUACUUAUAGAGAUCUUGGUACUGAUGAUGCUGCAAGAAAAGUAUGGAAAACUCACAGUCGAGGACGUACACUACCUGGUGUAGUGCGUGGUGCUAAUGAUAUCAUUGGCAACUGGGAAGAGAUUGAUGACUUGAAUGAGGAUUACAGAGUACACGAAGCCAUCUACGAGACAUUAUGA